CUCUCUCUGCUCAGACACACAGUGUCUCUACUCUCUCUCACUAACCACCCCUACAAGUAGACUUUAAGACAACUUUGGCCGAGUGUUGAGUAAACCCAUCGGGUCAUUUAAUAAACCCCAAUCUCUCUCUCUCUCUCACUUACUUUAAAGCAGAGAUCUAACAUCAUCAAAUUCAUUCACAACAACAGCCAUGGACUACGAAUACGGUGGAGUAGGAGAGUACUGCAGGAGAGGACACGUGCCGGCGUUUGGAAGCUGGGACUGGAACGACGCCGUUCCAUUCACUCAGUGCUUCGAGACAGCAACCACCACCACUCAUCAUCAGCAACCUUCUUUUCUCCACUACGCUGCUUACCCUCAAGAUCGUGAUCUUUACCUCGCGGGCGGCGAUCUUUACGAUAAUCACCACCUUGUCGCUCCCGCCGUGAUUCUCGUCCCUCGACGCCGGGCUAGGGUGGGCCAGGAGCCGAAGAGGACCAGUUCCAAGGAGCAACACAAGUUCAAGACGGAGGCACGUGAGUCUGACGCACCGAUAAGUUGUCCAACUCCUAUGGUGAAGCGGAGGACGAAGCCCGUGGACGAAGACUUGUACAGGAUCUCACCUACACUUCUCUCCGUCAAAUCCACAAAGAAAAGAGGAGGUGGGUUUGGGUGCAUUCCAAGUUGUUUUUUGCCAACACGGGUGCUUUGAAGCCACAACGCGUGGGAGACUGAGUCAGACAACACUUUGGUUGUGUCUUAAUAUUUUUAUAUUUUAAAAAUGGGAGAAGAAUGUAUGCUUGUGAAACCAUGUAUGUAUUUAUGCGUAGAGUCAUGGAGAUGAAUUCUAAAAGAUAAGAUAUAUGUAGUAGUAGAGCUUUGGGAAGAGCGAGCCAUAUUGUAUUACGUAAACUAUUAAACAAUGUGAGACUUGUUUUGCAGCUUUAUAUUUUCCUAAGUAUGUCUAAAUUUGAGCUGAUU